GCCUGCAAAGGUCGGAGAGAGGCUGGUAGACCAUCAGUUACAAUUUUUUGUGUUGCAAAAUGCAAGCUCAACCAUAGUGGAAGUCCAAGAUUUUUUUUUUUAAAUCUACACACAAAAUGGGAAGAGAAGAUAGAUUUUAUGGGCCCCAUAGUCGACGCCGCGAACGAUUUAAUCAAACGCGGGACACAACUUGGCCGGAGGGAAUGACUUUUCGUUUUCGCUAGCACAGCGGUUGAGAUUGAGGUCGAUGCUCGGGGCGCCUUUCCACUCGCAGAGGUCGGACCGUUGUCUUCUUCUUCCGAGCUUUUCCUUCCUCUGUUAUCGCCCCCGGAAUCGAAGGCCUUCGUCCAUGGCGUCGAAAAUAGUAGCAGAGUACGCCAAGUCGGCGCGUUCGUCGUGUAAGAAAUGCGGCGUCUCUAUAUCGAAGGAUGAGUUGAGGUUAGGGGUCGUUUCGAGAGAUACCAGAGGAUUCGAUGUCACGAAAUGGCACCAUUUCCAGUGCUUCCCGUCCGGACUGACAACCACGGCGGAGAAGAUCGGGGGAUUCGUGUCUCUUAAGAAACUCGAUCAGGAGGCCCUGGUAAAAUCGUUUGCUGGUGGUACGGAAACGGAAGUGACUAGUAUUCACAUUGCCGAGAAAAGCAAUAAUUUUUAUUCUGGAGUUGACUGUCAAGAGCAGGGGAAUUCAAAGAAACUGAAGAUAUCUAGCUUCAGCAAAGAAACAGAGGUGCAGAUGGUAGUGUCUGCUUCUGAUAUCAAGGAUAAGUACAAGGAAUCUAAUCUUUUACCCAAAUGGAAGGCAUUUCAGACCGUCAUUUUUCUUGCAGAUGAUGAUGGGCUUCGUGACUCAAAUAAAAUUGCAGCAUUUGAUUUUGAUGGAUGUCUAGCAAAAACAUCAGUCAGAAGGGUUGGUCCAGAUGCAUGGUCUCUCCUGUAUCCAUCAAUACCAGAUAAGCUACAAAAAUUAUAUAAUGAUGGAUAUAAGCUGGUAAUUUUCACUAAUGAGUCUAACAUAGAACGAUGGAAGAAGGAAAGACAAAAAGCAAUUGACUCAAAAAUUGGCAGACUGAAUAGCUUUAUUAAGCUUGUCAAAGUUCCAAUUCAGGUUUUCAUUGCUUGUGGGAUGCAACAAAAAGAUGACAUGUUUCGGAAGCCAAAGCCUGGAAUGUGGAGACUAAUGGAGCAAAAGUUUAAUUCAGGAAUUGAAGUUGAUAUGGAACAUUCCUUUUAUGUCGGAGAUGCUGCAGGGAGAGUCAAUGAUCAUAGUGAUGCUGAUAUAGGUUUUGCUAAGGCCAUUGGGUUGAAAUUUUUUGUCCCAGAAGACUUCUUUGUGCAGGAGGGUUCCUGAUUAAAGUUGUUGAAGUUUGUUUACUGCAAGUCUGCAAUGUGUUGCUUGGUGACAAUUUGCCAGCCUUCUACCUUGAAUCAGGACUCUUAGUACUGACGACGAGGUUAGCUGAUAAAAUUUUGGAAAGCAAUGGCAAAGGGACGGCUGUUCAGUAACUGUAGUUGCUUCUGUAAAGUUGGGUAGCAGUAAUGAGCAUGGAAGAUUCUGCUUUA